AUGAUAAUGUACUUUUCAAGAGUGAAAAUACUAAUACUGCUCUAUGUAAUUAACCAAGUCUAUGGUUUCAUACACUUGAGACAUGAAAAUUUACCAUGUUUGUGUGGAGAUUCGCCUACAUUCUGGAUAGAGCAACCCCUCGACCACUUCAACGAAACUGAUCAGCGCACCUUCAAGAUGAAGUAUCAUAAAAUACUUGACUUCUGGAAGCCAGGAGGACCAAUCGUUUUCUACAUGAAUGGAGAAGAUAGACUAGACUGCUCAAGGGCAGCAAUGAUUAACUCAUCAAAUCAGCGACCGGAAUUUCGACCAGUUAUUGACCAAAUAGUUGAAGAUACAGGUGCAGCAUUGUUCAAGCUAGAACAUAGAUAUUAUGGAGAUAGUACACCUAAUAAUGAUCUAAGCACAGAAAAUCUUGCUUACCUUAGUUCUAGACAAGCACUUGCAGAUGCCGCUCAUCUGCUUGUUACAAUUAAAGAAUCUCCGGAUUUUAAGGAUUCCAAAGUGAUCGUCAUCGGUGGAUCAUAUGCUGGAAAUUUAGCGGCUUGGAUGAAACUGCUGUACCCAACGCUAGUUGACGCAGCGCUAGCCAGCAGCGCUCCUGUACUCGCCAAAGCAAAUUUUAAUGAAUAUUACGAACAAGUCACGGAUACUUUCAAAAAAUACAGACCACAUGAUUGUAUCAAUAGGACUAUUGAAAAAUUUAAUACCUUCCGUGAAUUACUAAAAACUCCAGAGGGAAUCAAAAACCUUAAAAAGCAACAAAAUAUUUGUGAAAACACAGAUAUGACAAUUCUAGAAAAUCAGCAAUUGUUCUUUGAGGUGGCGUUGAAUAUUUACGCCAUUGAAGCUCAGUAUGGAAAGCCAGAUGAACCAAGUGCAGCCUGUAAGAUGAAUCUUAGUUUCGCCGACAUUAAACACAAUCGUUUCAACAUGGGGAAAAGUAAUGAUUGCUUUGAUUUUGAUUAUAACGAACAUAUAAAAGCAGUGCACCCUAAGCAUCGUUCCUGGUACUAUCAAACAUGUACAGAAUUUGGGUAUUUCCAGACCGUGGAAUCGAACAAAACAAUGUUUGGUAAUAUUCUGCCAGUUGACUAUUAUUAUAAAAAUUGCAAGGAUUUGUAUGGAGUAGAAUUCGACGAGGAGAGAGUAAAGCAAGGGGUCAUUAAAACGAACAAGAUUUAUGGAGGUCUGACUCCUAAUGUGACGAAUGUGGUGUUUACCAAUGGCGACAUGGACCCAUGGCAUAGGAUCAGCGUCCUGCACGAUCUUUCGCCAGAUGCUCCAAGUAUAUACAUCGAAGGCGCUUCACACUGCGCUGACCAGAGCUACCCAUACAACACAGAAAACAAAAAUAUAACGGCAGCUAGGAUUCAAAUUGUAAAAUUACUGAAGAAAUGGAUAGGCGUAGCAUAAUAAGAAUUAGUUAACGCCUUAAAUCUUUACUUCCAUAAAAGUUAAAUACUUUUACAUGUUUCGAGUCCGAUUGUGCUUAUAAUAUUUCCGAUGGAGAAGAUAAUUUAAAUUAUAAUCUCGCUGCAGUAAAAUAUGUUGGAUUUGUUCCAUGGAAAAAUUUUGCAAAACUGACCAUCACGCAACGGAAAUCAAAGUGAGUUGGCUAGGUGUGGUUCCAGGCAUAUAACCAGAAUUGGGGAAAAUUCUACUACUUUUAUUUAUUUAUGUUGGACGUUGGUGGACGUUGAUAAAUUAGAAUUUGAUUUUCAAAUAUUUAAUAUCCUUCCAAUUUGUGUGGAAUCUUUGAUGAAGCCCUCGUUGGGAAAUUUCCAUUUAAUGCCGGGACACCUUUGGCGAAAUUGUUCACCAAUUCCACGUCAGUUAUAAUUAAACCCAAAAAGUUUAUUCUCAAAAGGUCCGUCAUUUGGGCGACCAGUAAACAAAAUGUACAAGCUUAAACAAAGACGAACACAGAAGUCCUUUUCUAUAUAUUUUCUCGAAACGUAACGGAUAUACUACACACAUUGACGUGUGUACCAGAUAGACACUGACAUCUGACACUUUAUAUAUAUACCA